AAAGCGAUUAAGUAGCGGUCGCAUUUGCUAUACGCUCCAUCUUGUCUCCUAAAAUAUUAUUCUGGAAUAAGGGAGUAGGCUUUGUAAGAGAUGAUUCUCCCCAUGAGCCCCUUUAAGUGAGAACUACGAAUGAGGUAUGCAAAUUCUUGUCCUCUUUGCUUUUCAUGCAUUGUCUUUGUUCCAUGCUAUCUGGAAUCAAACAUUUUUGAUUAGGUAUGAAGUAUUGAUUUUCAUAUUAGACAUAGUACGUCAAAAGACUUCCUGCCUCAAUCUGCUUGUAAGAUUGUAUUUUCAAAAGACAAUUAGUACGAUAUUUAUCGAUAAGCUUGUUAAAAAAAGAUGGACUUAGAGGAGCAAAUCGGAAAUGCAGUAGAUGUCUCCGGGGAAUCGCACAUCC